UUUGUUGGCUGGCUCCUCCAACUUUUCGUCGCCUCCGCUAAUUCCCAUCACCAACCGUCGUCGCGAUACACAGACAAGUUCGGUAGGUGCCCCAGCGAAACCCUUCUCAUUCCAUCAGCUGCCCUCAUCGCAUCCGAGUCCUCGCAUCGACAUCGACUAACGACGUGAAGCAAAAAUGGCUGGAGGCAAACCCCGUGGUCUUAACGCUGCGCGCAAGCUGCGAACGAACCGAAAGGACCAGAAAUGGGCCGAUCUCGCCUACAAGAAGCGUGCUCUCGGCACUGCCUUUAAGUCCUCGCCCUUCGGUGGCUCUUCCCACGCCAAGGGCAUCGUCCUCGAGAAGGUCGGUGUCGAGGCCAAGCAGCCCAACUCGGCCAUCCGAAAGUGUGUCCGUGUCCAGCUCAUCAAGAACGGAAAGAAGGUCACCGCCUUCGUCCCCAACGACGGUUGCUUGAACUUCGUGGACGAGAACGACGAGGUCCUCCUGGCCGGUUUCGGUCGCAAGGGCAAGGCCAAGGGUGAUAUUCCCGGUGUGCGAUUCAAGGUCGUCAAGGUCUCUGGUGUUGGUCUGCUCGCUCUGUGGAAGGAGAAGAAGGAGAAGCCCCGUUCUUAA